CGCCGCGUCGGGCACGCCCCAAAGGAGAGCUCCCGGCUUCCGUUAGGCCUUCGGGCAGGGCCUGUCCGCGCCCUCCCGCGGCGGCUACAGGCCGCGGCCCGGCCGAGGCGGGAAGGCGGCUGGCGGCGUCGGGCUCGGGCUUCGGCUCCGGCAGGAGGAGGUGUGAGAACCUUCGGCUUCCAUGCUCAGGCAGAGAGCAGCUCCAGGAUCCUUUUGAAGAAGGAUGAGUAAGUUUUCAUUCUGAAAAGCUUGAGAUGUCCAGUAGGUAGUAGGAGCAAGAAUUGGACAUGCAAGAACAUCUGGCAGGAAAUGGUGUACCCAGCAUUCAGUAAGGUCCUGCUUCUGACCUGUGCUGGACAGCAGGAUACAGGGAGAUGUGUCCUUUGGUCUGAUCCAGUAUUGACAGUUCAUAUAUUCCCACAUAAAAUCUGUAUGACUUUGGGAAUUUGUAUGAGGAGUUGUCUCUCCAGAAGUGGCAAUGUGUUCUUAUGUACACUUUUUAAUCAUGCUAUCAGAAGGAUACAUGUGCGUGAGGAAAACUUUGCAGCUGCAGAUACAUGCAAAUUACUGGUAUAAGGACUGUGGCACAGAAAAAGAAACAUUAACUUCCUGAAGCUUACGUAGUAAAUUGGUGACAAACUUAGAAGAACAAUCUCGGGUACGUAGUUGCCUCAAAUACAUACUGUUGACUGGAAGAGACUGCUCUUCAUCUUUCUGAAUUAUGCCAAGAAAAAGAAAACUGUUAGCUCAAUUAAGCACUCUGCAAAGGAACAACAGCUUCCCUCCUUUUGAUGCCUUGGAGAACCUGAAUGCUACGCCUGAUGGGGAUUCUUCUUCAAAAAGCAGCAAGUAUUUUGCAAUAGAGAAAAAAAAUUCUUCACAGCUAGAAGCAGAUUUUUUCAACCAGCCUUGUGUUAGUCUGGCCAAGUCCUUCCUGGGACAGAUUUUAGUUCGCAAACUUCCUGAUGGCAGAGAACUCUGGGGGAGGAUUGUUGAAACAGAAGCUUAUCUGGGUGGGGAAGAUGAAGCUUCCCACUCGAAAGGCGGGAAGCAAACUCAGCGAAAUGCAGCAAUGUUCAUGAAACCGGGAACUCUGUACGUGUAUCAGAUCUACGGGAUUUAUUUCUGCGUGAAUGUUUCCAGCCAAGGGGAAGGGGCUGCAGUGUUACUUCGUUCUUUGGAACCUCUUCAGGGUUUGGAUGCAAUGAGAGAGCUGCGCAGUGCUUCAAGAAAAGGACCCACAAAGCUGCUGAAGGACUGGCAGCUGUGUAACGGGCCCUCCAAGCUCUGCCAAGCAUUUGGAAUCGAUAAGGCUUUUGACCAAAGGGACCUGACUCAGGAUGCAGCCAUCUGGAUGGUACCUGGACAUGACCUACCAGGGGAGCAGGACAUGGUAGCCACAACAAGGAUUGGUAUUGGCAACAGGGGAGAGUGGGCACAAAAACCUCUCAGGUUUUAUUUACGAGGGAACAAAUUUGUGAGUGUUGUAGACAAGAAAACAGAGGGAGAGAUGGAAGCAAUGGGACACUUCUCUUGCAGCUGAUGAGUCUUGCAAGUGUGCCACUGAUCAGGACUUGAGCUGUGCUCUGUAUCCUGGCCUUAAGCUAUGUCAUGGCAGCAGCUGGAGCAGGCAUAGUGGCUUGGAGGUUUUUAACAAUAAAUGUACUUUACUACAAUGAA